ACCAACCUCCCCACAAUCUCUAGAGAGAGAGAAAGCAAAUGAACUUUCCACCAUUUCUAGAGAGAGAGAGCACAUGUAACCUCCCCACCUUCUCUGUUGAGCCAGAAAGGAAACCCCCACCUCUGAAAAUGCAGAGGGUGCCCUUCAAAGGCACAGUGGUCCUGACCAUUUGGGCCUUUUUCUCUCUAACACUUGUGACUCAUGCAGAGCCAGAACCCCCCCCCCCCAAAUUGCUCCCCUUCAGAUAGAGCUGCACUCCUCCACUUCAAAUCCCACAUUUUGGUGGACACAACAACUAUCCUUUCCUCUUGGGUUGGCACUGAUUGCUGUGGAGCUUGGGAAGGCAUAGAGUGUGACCCAAGAAGUGGAAGAGUUAUAGGCAUCCAGUUACUAAGCCACCAAAAUGGGGAUAGCUCUCAAUAUAUGAAGGGUACUCUCUCUCCUCAAUUGGGUUCUCUUCAAUUUCUUCAGGUUUUAGUCAUUAGUGGUCUCAAAGAAAUAAGGGGUACCAUUCCUCAAAGCUUGUCAAAUUUGAAAAAGCUUACCCAGCUUUACUUAGAGGACAACAAGCUAGAGGGCACCAUCCCAAGUUUAGGUAACCUGCCCUUCCUUAGGGCACUUUCUUUCUCUAACAAUAGGUUGGUGGGGCAGGUGCCCUUAUCUCUAGGGUACUCUCUCUCUCUUCAACAGAUAAACUUGGGGAAGAACUUUCUCACCGGUCCAAUCCCCCCCACCUUGAAAACCCUUCGUGGGCUGCAAUACCUUGACCUAAACAACAACCUUCUCUCAGGGUCCAUCCCUUCUUUUGUUGGGGAGUUCAAGAACCUGACCUAUGUGGACCUCUCUCAUAACCAGUUCAGUGGAACCAUACCAGUUACUCUCUCUAGCCUGACUAACCUGCUUGAUCUCAACCUUGAGCAUAAUCAGCUAAAAGGGGAGCUCCCUGUUUUUCUUGGCAAUCUAAGACUUCUCAGCUCUCUCUCUCUAGCCCACAACCUUCUCACCGGUCCUAUACCCCAAUCAAUUGCCAAAAUGCAAGGACUAUGGUACCUUAAUCUCUCCAGAAAUGGGUUCACUGACCCCCUACCGACUGACCUAGCAAAGGGACUCCCUUCCCUUCUCUCUGUGGAUUUGUCCUACAACAACCUCCGUUUAGGAUCCAUACCCAAUUGGGUCACAAUGAGGAAACUCACAAAUGUCCACUUAGCUGGUUGUGGAAUAAGGGGCACUUUGCCAAGAUUCACCAGCCCAAAUUCCCUAAAUACCCUCGACCUGUCAAGCAAUUUUCUCACAGGGGACACGGGCCUCUUCUUCAAGAACAUGACAGGCCUGCAGAGGGCAAAAUUGUCCAACAACAUGUUGAGCUCAGAUGUGUCCUCCAUUGCCCUGCCAAAUGACCUCUCUGCCCUUGACCUCAGCUCGAAUAGGAUGUAUGGAUCGAUCACACUGUUCUUGGAGAGCCACUAUGGGAGCUCCUUGGAGAUGCUCACUCUAUCCAACAAUCAAAUCACAGGUGCACUUCCCAAAUUCGGUUCCGGCUCCGGCGGCUCCCGCUCCCGCCUAAAGUGGCUCGACCUCUCUCGGAACCGGAUUGUCGGAGGAUUACCAGAUUCGAUCUCGGAACUCAUGGGUUUGGUGAGGCUUGACGUCUCAAGAAAUGUGCUCAAGGGCUCAAUCCCUCCAAGUUUGGGGCAAUUAGAGAGGCUAAUGUGGCUUGAUUUGUCCUAUAAUGGGUUUAGUGGAGGGAUACCACAAAGCUUAUUAGGACUAAAAUCCCUUCGCCACGUCAGCUUUAGAGUAAAUGACCUAUGUGGAGCUAUACCACAAGGAAAGCCCUUCAAUAUAUUCCCACCAGUUGCAUAUGCUCACAAUAAGUGCCUCUGUGGAAGGCCUCUGCUCCCUUGUUGAUGCUGACUCAGCAUCCCGUGGAGUUGUGGGGUCCAUGCGGGGGGUAUUAAAUUUAAGAUUAGAUUUUUUUUUUUUUUAAUUAGUGAAUGAUUCGUUCAUCUUUUUCCCUCCUCUCACCUUAAUGACCCAUUUGAAUUGAGGCCUUUUUACUGUAGUGAUGUGAUUCUUCUUUGUCAUGUGCCUCAAAAAGUUAGAAAGUCACUUAUUAUUGUUUCUUGUGGGCAACACAUUAUACAUGGUAAUUCUUUGUAUUUCACUUGCAAUUUCACGCUCUCUCUCUCAUUUAUAAUGCCAACAGUGUAUUCCCUAUA